CGUCUCUAUAUAUAGCUCUCAUAUCAAUCCUUUCUUCACUAAAUUAGCCAGCAAUCGAGCAAUACUAUUUCUCCAUCCAAUCACCCUAGUUCUCAUCAUUUUUUCUGUUUCUCUUCAAUUUUCACUACCCUUUACUUCAGAAAUGGCCACUGUUGAGGUUUCACCAGCUCCAACAACACUGAACGAGAACGAGACAACCGAGACGAUCAAGGUUGAGGAGACAAAGCCAGAGGAGUCAUCACCAGCCGUGACUGAGAGUGCACCAGAACCAGAACAAGAGAAGAAGGAAGAAGCCACAGAGACCGUAGAGGAAGUACCCGCCACCACUCCAGCCGAAGCUCCAGCUGAGGUUGUUGAGACCAAGGAGGUAGAGCCUGUAGAGGAAGCCAAGCCUGCAGAGGAGCCAGUAGUUGCUGAGGCUGAGAAAAUAGAGGUUGAAGAGACUCAAGAAACCAAGCAAGAAGAGGCACAGCCUGCAGUUGAAGCCGUUGAGGAAGCCAAAGAAGAGGCCACCGAAACCGCUGCCGAGCCACCAACUGCUGCCCCUGCCGAGGAAGAGAAAGAGGCCCCUACUGCUGAGGCCCCAGUGGAGGAGUCCACUGAAGUUCCGAUUGAGAAGGAAGAUGCAUAGAUACGAGUCAUUAUCAACUUGGUCUUUUGUAGGUUGCAUGUCAAAAGUCUUGGUCAUUUUUUCUCCUCUUAUUUACUAGUUUAUGGUUUUAUAGUUAAGGCAUUGGGUGGGGUUUAGUGUUUGGAAGCUGCAGUUGUCACAAGCUCUUGGGUUCAAGUCAGCUUAAUUACUCGCCAUAAUAUCAAGAGUAAAUGCUAAAGAAAGAGAGUAAUGGUGACGGUGGCGUACGAAUUAGAACCCCUCAUGAAUUAGGGAAUGCAUGCUCAUUAUGAAACCUGAAGGUGUGUCAGUUCUAUAGGUUGGGUGAUUAUGGAUCUUGGUUUCAAAAGAGUAGACAUGAGUUUGAUAUGGUGUGAUUUUUGUUUGGUUUGAAUAAAUACUAUUUCUUUAUUUUUGUUA